AUGGACACAGACGCCAAAUUAGACGCCAUCUUGAAACAGCUGAAUGCUAAUAAAGAUCAACUGGAAGAAUCCUUUAAAUCCCAGCUCGGUGCUUUACGACAAGAGUUUAGUCAAGCUUCUACUGAUUUGAAGAAACUCAAAGCUGAAAAGGAUUAUACGUGGUCAAGGGAAGGAAAUAAAAUACAUGAAGGGGCUGGGGAAACUGUGAGAAACUAUGUUGCUAAUGAUCUCGCUGAUGAUUCUGACGAUGACAAAGGAUUACUUCGGCUGAAAACAAGGCAGUCAGGAAACUUCGUCAAAAGCGUGCACGCCAAUCACCGUAAUCCACAUCUAGGUCAGCUCGCCGCUCGUCGUCGACGGUCGCUCGGCCAUUACAGUUUGCUGUGCAGCCUGUUCCUGCUCUUCAGCCUAGCCAGCCUGCUCUUUUUCGUGCAAAAAGUCAAAGGUCAGGUUCAUGCUUCACCUGCGGUGAGUUCUCGCACUACCGACGAGACUGUCCCUACAGCGUCAGUACAUCUAAAGCCUCGGUGGUCACAGGCGGAGUCUCGACCCCAGUCAACAAAUAGUCAAGAUCUGUCAGAGGCUUUCCAGCACGUGUACAGGGACGAGUUGAGUGAUCUCCCAGAUAGUUUUAGAGCAUUGGCUGAUGAUAUCCCAUCGAUGUUGUCUGGAGCUGCAGCUGAUUCGACAAACAGAAAGUAUCAGUACGGGUUUGCUGCCUGGAAAAGGUCAUCAAUUUGACUGGAUCAUUGGAGUAGAGAUGAACAAAUUUAGUAAGCUGUAAGCUUCAUGUAUUGUUCAUUGGCCUGGCAAGUCAUUAUAAUGUUGCAUCUAUUCUAUAUGAAGGUUUUGGCUGGCAAGCCAUUAUAAUACUGCAUGAGUUUGUUCUUCUUUGGGCUGGCAAGCCAUUAGAAUAUUGCAUAUUUCUAUAUGAAAUAUAUAUUUGAAAGCUAUGGGCUGGCAAGCCAUUAGAAUAUUGCACAUUUCUAUAUGAAAUGUAUAUCUGAAAGCUACUCGGCUGGCUAGCCAUCAAAAUACUGUAUGUGUUUGUAUGUUUUUGGGUUGGCAAGCCAUUAGAAAUUGCCUUUUCCUAUAUCAUAUGUAUAUAUGUAAAGCUGUAGUUUGUAUUCAGCUGGCCUGGUAAGCCUGUAUAUUAUUGCAUAUUCCUGUAUGAAGGAACUUGUAAAAUAUGUUGAUUGAAUAUUGCUAGACUGGUAAGCUAUCAUGA